CAAAAUUCUGGGAACUACAGGGAUCAACAUUAAAAAUUCCACAUGUGGAAAGAAAGAUUUUGGAUUUGUUUUUACUCAAUAAGCUUGUCGCAGAAGAAGGUGGGUUUGACACAGUGUGUAAGGAAAGACGAUGGUCAAAAGUGGCACAUAAGAUGGGAUAUCUACCAGGAAAAGCAUUGGGUUCCCUUCUUCGUUCACACUAUGAACGUAUCCUGUAUCCUUAUAAUCUUUUCCAGUCUGGAGCCAGUCUUUUGAAGCCAGGACUGGUCAAUGACGAAAAAGAUCAAGAGUACAAGCCACAUGAUCUCGCUCAGCGCCAGUCCGUUCAACCCUCAGAAAUUAGUACACAAACACGUCGGGCAAAACGGAUGAGAUCAGAGGUGGGAUGUGUAAAGACCGAGCCCAGUGAGAUCACUGAGGUCCACAUUCAUGAUCUGCGCCCUAAAACAAGACUUGGAUCAAUGAAACGGGAAAGUGGAAAUGCAGAAAAGUCCAAUAUAUCUGGAGUAAAGAAAGAGGGAAAUGAAAACCGGAUGACUGAUCCUGAGCGAACCAGAACCCUCCGAAACUACAGGAGCACUACAGCCACAAAUGUAGUUGAUCUGUAUGUUUGCCUAGUGUGUGGACAAGGUAAUGAAGAGGAUCGACUCCUGUUGUGUGAUGGCUGUGAUGACAGUUAUCAUACCUUUUGUCUUCUUCCACCACUGAAUGAUGUCCCUAAAGGUGAUUGGAGGUGCCCAAAGUGUCUGGCUCAGGAGUGUAGCAAGCCUCAAGAAGCUUUUGGUUUUGAACAAGCACCAAGGGACUACACACUGCGUGCAUUUGGUGAAAUGGCAGAUGCCUUUAAAUCUGAUUACUUCAACAUGCCAGUUCAUAUGGUUCCAACAGAACUGGUGGAAAAGGAGUUCUGGCGCUUGGUUAGCACCAUUGAAGAGGAUGUUACAGUAGAAUAUGGAGCUGAUAUAGCUUCUAAAGAAUUUGGUAGUGGAUUCCCCAUUAAAAAUGGCAAACUGAAAUUGAGACCUGAUGAACAGAUGUAUUUUGAUUCAGGAUGGAAUUUAAACAACAUGCCUGUGUUGGAGCCUUCCGUCCUGACUCACGUUAGUGCAGAUAUCUGUGGGAUGAAAUUACCAUGGCUCUAUGUAGGAAUGUGCUUCUCCUCCUUCUGUUGGCACAUUGAGGACCACUGGAGUUACUCAAUCAACUAUCUGCACUGGGGGGAACCCAAGACAUGGUAUGGAGCACCAGCGUAUGUGGCAGAGCAGCUAGAGAGUGUGAUGAAGAGGUUAGCGCCUGAGUUGUUUGAAACACAGCCUGACCUUCUCCAUCAGCUGGUCACCAUCAUGAACCCCAACACACUGAUGGCUCACGGAGUGCCUGUUUACAGAACCAAUCAGUGUGCAGGAGAAUUUGUUAUUACGUUCCCCAGAGCCUAUCACAGUGGUUUUAACCAAGGUUUCAACUUCGCAGAAGCUGUGAAUUUCUGUACAUUGGACUGGCUUCCAAUGGGCAGACAGUGUGUGCAACAUUAUCGUCUUCUAAAUCGUUACUGUGUUUUCUCUCAUGAUGAGAUGAUUUGUAAGAUGGCCUCAAAGUUUAAGGAUCUUGAUCUGGUUUUAGCUUCUGCUGUUCAUAAGGAUAUGAUGAUUAUGAUAGAUGACGAGAAGAGAUUGCGGGAGGCAGUUCGUAAAACGGGAGUGACCGACACUGUGAGGGAGAAAUUUGAGCUUUUGCCUGAUGAUGAGCGGCAGUGUACAAAGUGCAAGACUACUUGUUUCUUGUCAGCAAUCUCCUGCCCAUGUAAACCUAACGAACUGGUGUGCCUGUACCAUGCUAAGGACCUCUGCUUCUGUGCACCAAACAGACAUCAGCUCAGAUAUCGCUACACCUUGGAUGAUCUCUAUCCAAUGCUGCAUGCAUUGAGAUUAUAUGUAGCACCCUAUGAUGAAUGGACUUCCAAAGUGACUGAUUCGCUAGAAGCAAAAGAAACUGAGAAGAGAGGUGUAAUGGAAUUUAAGUCUUUGAUAGAGGAAGCUGAGAACAAAACCUUUCCAGAAAAUGAUCUUUUCAAACAGCUGCAGGGAGUGAUUGUAGAAGCCGAGAAAUGUGCCAGUGUUGCCCAGCGGCUGCUGAAUGAUAAACGACAAACCCGGUAUCGUGGUGGGAAGUCCCAAUACUGGCUAACUGUGGCAGAGCUUCAGGCAUUUGUGAAACAGCUCUAUGCUCUUCCCUGCCUAAUUGACCAAGCUCCUUUACUGAAGGACCUUCUACACCGUGUGGAAGAUUAUCAGCAGCGCUCUGAGAAGGCACUCUCUGAUGAAAUGAUUGAUACUGUUGAACUGCAGCAGUUGAUGGAUCUCAGUGUUGGUUUUAACGUAGAAUUACCUAAACUGCAGUGUCUUCGAGAGCGAUUAGAACAAGCACGGUGGCUAGACAAGGUUCACCUUGCUCAAUCUUCACCGCACACUCUCAAACUGGAUGAUAUGAGGCGGCUAAUUGACUCUGGGGUAGGAUUAACGCCUCACCCAGCUGUGGAGAGGGCCAUGGCUUGUCUCCAGGAACUCCUCACCAUAUCUGAACACUGGGAGGAAAAAGCCCACAGCCUGCUAAAGGCCAGGCCUCGACAUUCUUUGAUAACUCUAUCUGCUGCCUUGGAAGACAAGGGGGAUAUUCCUACUUAUCUCCCUCAUGACCUCGCUCUGAAGGAGACUGUACAGAAGGCCAGAGACUGGCUUCAGGAAGUGGAGAGUGUUCAGAGCUCUGCCCAGCAGCCCCUAUUGGAAACAUUGGUAGAACUGGUGUCACGAGGCCGUGCAAUCCCAGUGCAACUGGACCCACUAUCUCUACUUGAAUCCCUGCUGGCAGAUGUUGAGAGUUGGAAAGAAUCUGUAGGUGAAACCUUCCAAAAAAAGAAUCCUAAGUGCUCGCUUUUUGAGGUGUUGUGUCCCAGAUCAGACUUUGGUGUACCAGGAUUGAAGAGGAAGCCCAAGAAGUUGAAAGAGAUGCUGCAGAAUGCCAAAAGAAAAGUUCCGAAGCUGGACAGUUUGGCAGCUUUUAAUGAAGCCAGGCUGAAAGAAAUGGAAUCCAUUCGUUCCCUCCAAACAACAAACCGUAUGAAGGUUCUUUCUGAUGCAGAGUGUGCAGAAGUGAAGGUGUGCAUUUGUCAGAAGCCUGCAACUGGUUCCAUGCAGCAGUGUGAGCUAUGUAAAGACUGGUUCCACAGCAGUUGUAUCCCAGCAGCAAAUGUUCAAGAUGGGGAAAUGCCCUGGCUGUGUCCACUCUGUUUGCGAUCAGAAAGGCCAUCCUUGGAGACGAUCCUCCUAUUGCUUUCAUCUCUGGAAAGAAUUCCUGUCAGACUGCCAGAGGGAGAAGCACUACACUACCUUGUUGAACGAGCUAUGAACUGGCAACAUCGAGCAAAGCAGAUUCUUAGUACAGAUGAACUCUGUUUCACUCUAAUAAACUCGCAUUUAGCAAAUCAGUCUUGGCAAGGAAUUACAGAACAAAUAGCUGCCACUGAAUUGGAGAAACGUGUUGCAGAAAGUAGCUUGCAGGCAGAUUCAGGCACUGAGAGUGAAUCUUUCACUGCAGUUUAUAACCGAAACCUGUUUAUAAAGGAGGAGGAAAUAGCACAAGCCAUUCCUUCAUGGCAGAUCUGCAUUCCAGUGCAAGGACUUUGUUUGUCUGAUGGUGUGAGAUCACAACUUGAUGAAUUGAUGAUGGAGGCUCUCUUACUACAACUCUCAUUGCCUGAGAUGCAGCACAUCUAUCGGAUCUUACAAGCAGCUCAGUGCCCUGUGGUAGAAGAUGUUCAGGGGCAGUCAGAAUUACUGCAAUGUGACCCAGUAGCGGUGCAGUGUCGCACGGAAACCUGGAGCUCAUGCAUUGCAGAGACUGAAGGCUGCUGUCUAAAGUCUGUCAAAAAGGAUGUGAUCUCUGAGAAAAAGAGACGACUUGACAAAGAAGCUUUCAUGGGUGACAAAAAAGAAAAACUCAAAAAACUAAGCAAACCCACAAAGAAGAAUUUCAGGUUAAACCUGCAAAAAUCAAAAAAUCCGAAUUUAGGAAGAAUAGAAACUGAGAAAUAUUUUGAAUUUCUAAGGCCUAAUGAAGCAUUAUCUGUGAUAAUGGAGCCCCCCUACUCUGAGCCUGAGGACUCUGAGGAUGAUGAUGCAAUCUGCCCUGCAGAGAACUGCCAACAACCAGAGGGUGAUGAGGUGGACUGGGUCCAGUGUGAUGGCAGCUGCAACCAGUGGUUCCACCAGAUCUGUGUAGGUGUUUCUUCAGAAACUGCAGAAAAGGACGACUAUAUUUGUGUCAGCUGUACUGUAAAUGGUCAGAUCAUGCAGCAGAAUGGUAACGACUAGCCUGGAGCUCAGUGCUAAACAUCGCACGGGUUCCACUGGAAGAGAUGGAUUUGGUGUCCAUCCAACCCACAAAUGGUGCUACUUCUCUACUCAUGGGAUCAUCUAUCUACAAGAACUAUCAAAUUUUUUCCACCUUUGUAUUUUCUCAUUCUUGUAUGAACUUUUUGUCUGUGGUUGUGUAAGUGAGGGAUGCUGACUACAGCAGGGUUUUCUUCCCAUUAUGAAGACUCUGCACUGGUUCACUUUGAACGAAGCUUAUUUUCCAUACCUCAGUUUGAGAUUUGCCUCCAUAUAUACCCAAUAGCAUUGGGUGUAAAAGAAAUGCAAUCACCAAAAACCAUAGACUUUUUUAUGGGACCCUCUGGUUAGUACCGGCAUCUUAAUCUUAAGAUAUUGACUUGUGUUUUGUAGUUUUAGUUUUAUUUAUCCCAGUAAUAACAAAUUUGUGAGUUAAAUGGCUGGAAAUGUUUUUCCAAGAGUGUUGCUAUUAGAGCCUUGGUUAUUGUACAGAAUGCAGGUGUUUAGGCUCCUAGCAUCACAGACUUAGAGCUAGACAAUGAAACAAGGUCUGUAAACUUACUGCCCACGCUGUACUUUGGCUUUUUUUUGGUAGCUUGUAUCAAAUGUUGCAGUUUCCUAUGUGAAAUAAACCUUUGGUUAUGAAA